UAACAUCCUGCCAAAAACAGAAACUUAUCAAGAAGUGAACAAUUCUUAUAAAAAUUCACAAAUUCCCCCCACACUAUUCUCAAAGAUACAACAUCCCUAAUGCUUUCUUUUAGUGACAAUACGCAGAUGACCACGCAUUAUGUAGCACGAACCUUUAGGCGUUCGUCAAGUUGUUGUAGAGGUCCAAUGGUAUCAGAUCUCCCUUGCCUUUCUAAAAACCAUCUGUCACGAGUUAUUAUGUGUCUUAGUGAUGGGACUUGAAUACAGGAGUCAGAUUUCUGAGUGUCUGACCACGGCCAAAACAAGGUUGAACUGUAAAGAGCCACUGUGCAUUCAGGAUAUGAUUUAUGCUUGCUGGAUAUUGUACAUGAUGGCCCCUGUAUCUCUUGAUUUAACCCACAAUGGCAUUGCCAAGCGUAUCAUGUCAGAAGUGGGCCUAAUGCCCUGGGUAUGGGAAAAACGGUCAUACUGUAUGGCUGCUAACCUGGGAUCAAAACCACCCUCCUCAUCAUUCAAGGGCACAGAGACUCUCAUGCACACAGUCAGGAAGCAGGCUUAACAAAGGAAAGGAGCAAAGUGCAAGGGUUUAAAAAGCAAUUAGUUGACUAAACUUUUUUUGGGGCGCUGUUCUGCUUCUACUGAAGUUCAUCAUGGCUGCUGCUAGCCUUGCUAGGCCCGCAACUCUGACUUACGUUACCUAUGAAGACUACACUGCCUAUGGCCACUUGACUGAUGAUGAGCUACUGCAGUUGGCCAUUGAACGCAGCCUGUCUGAAGACCAACAAGGCCCCUCGGAAUACGCUCAAGCAAGUUUCAUACCAGCAUCCGAGCCACCCAGAGAGGAAGACAUACCCACAGAAGCCAGGCAGGAGCAUGCAGCCGGACAGAAUGCUGCCCUGCAAACACAGAGAGCUGCAGCCGCUGGGAACCCAGAAGUCAAUCCUUCCAGGUGUCCUCAUUUUGAUGCAGAAAAGGAGCUGCUACUGGAAUGGAGAAUACGACGUGGAGGUCUACGCGAAGCUGAAAAAAACGCCAUUGAUGUACCGUCCUUAAGUUCAGCAAUCUGGAGGAAUGAUGUCAGAAGAGUCAAUCAAAUUUUAAUGACAGAACCUGCAGAGACUCUGAACAAACCAAAUGCAGAGGGCUGGAUACAUUUGCACGAGGCUGCUUACAACAAUCGUGUGGAUUGUUUAAAGUUGCUUUUAAGAGCCUUUCCUCAUCUAGUCAACAUGCGCGAUGACCAGAACCAGACGCCUCUUAUAAAGGCUGUUGGUGAGAAAGCCAUCGCCUCUGUCAACGUUCUCCUUAGGGCCGGAGGAGAUCCAAACAUAGCCAACGACUUAGGGGAGACAUCAGUCUAUAAAGCUUGUGAGAAGGGCUCUGAGGAGAUACUUGAUGCUGUUUUAAAAGCUGGCGGGAACGCUGCCAGGGCAACCAUUAAGAGAGUCGCCCCUUUGCAUGAGGCAGUGAGGAGCCAUAACCUCAACAUGUGUAAGAUGUUGGUAAAGGCUGGAGCAGAGUUGGGGAUUAAGAAUACAUAUGGACUUGAGCCGCUCUUCGUAGCCGCUCAGUGCGGAUCCAUCAAGGUGCUGAAAUACCUUAUCAAACUUGGUGGAAAUGUCAACACGCAGGCUAAUGAUGGGGCAACAGCUUUGUAUGAAGCAUCUAAAAAUGGCCAUGAGGAGUGUGUAAGGCUGCUGCUGUCUGAGAAAGCAGAUGCAAACCAAAGAAGCAAAUCGGGCUUAACUCCUCUACAUGUUGCGUCAAAGAAUGGACAUGUGAAUGUGGUUUUGCAACUGAUUCCUCGAACCAGCAGAACUAAGAUACAGCUCAGCAGCAUCAGCCCACUGCAUCUCGCAGCCGAAUGCAACCAAGACGAGGUCCUGGAGAUUCUCAUCCGAGAAGGCUUUGACGUCAACCAACAGCUGUCUCCCGAACACUCAAAGAUGUACGAGGACCGUCGCACCACGGCACUGUACUUCGCUGUGCGGGGAGGCAACGUGGAGGCUGCCUCCAUGCUGCUCGAGGCCGGCGCAGACCCAAACCUGGACCUCUUCAACCCUCUCCUGGUCGCCGUGAGAAAAGGCAACGUGGAGAUGGCGUCUCUGCUGAUUGAACAUGGUGGAAAUGUGAACGCUUCCAUGCCAACGCAACCGACCACCUUCCCGGCUGCUAUGCUCUUCUGCAUAAAGCACAGAAGUAUGUCUAAGACACUGCUGGACAACGGGCUGGAUGCUGACGCCUGCUUUGACUGUGUCUAUGGGAACAACACGCAUCCUCCAGUUAAGACAAACCGCUCCUCUAGGGAUGAUCCGUACCUGCGUGGGCUGGCAGUGCCUCUUGGUUCAACAGCACAGUUUUGUGAGGUGAUGGCAGAUCCUGUCAACUUGCCUUGGCUGGGAACGAUAAUCGAUAUGCUCUUAGAUUACACUGGUCACGUGAAACUCUGUUCAAGACUCUCAAACCUCCUGGACAGCAUCAGUGAUGGCCAAUACAUCAAGGAUAAAGCAAAUCCACCGCUCGCCCUUCUACAACUGUGCCGCCUACAUGUCCGCAAGCAAGUGGGACGACAGCGACUGAGGCAAAUGAUCUCGCUGCCUCUGCCCGAACGUCUCAUCAGACUGCUGUUUUACAACAAUUCAGAGUGGGAGUGAAGCUGCUUUGAAUAGUCAGUAUAUUUGUCUGGUUUGGAGGAGUGCAGCUACACGAAGCAGUUGUUUUUGAAUGCCUCACAUUUGCCAUGUAUGUAGAAUACUAUAGAGCUCGCAAGUGGGUGAUGUCACGUUGUAUGCGGCGGAUUAGCAUUUUAACUGCAUCCGGUUUGUAAAGAAAUUCCCACAAUACCAGCCAUAGGGAUACUCGUUGAACAAAAGUACAAGGCGUUAACAACCGGCAAUCACGUGUCAUCGCAUUCUUUCCUUAUUAACAAAAGGUACAACACAACCAGAAACGAAACAUAACUAUAAUAAAAUAAUGUUGCUAUCCCCUAAUCGGGAAUUUUUGAGAACCAACUCUCACAUCUCGCGUGAGCUCAAACCAGUUCCUGUUGCAAGGACUAAUCAAGUAAGCAGACUUCAUCUCGAUGUUAAUUUUUGAAAUUAAACCAAGGCAAUCAGACUUAAUGCAGUUUAUGGCAUUCUUUGACUUUUAUUAAAAGAGUGUUGUGAGGAGUUAAAAACAACAUGUAUCAGGGCGUGUUGAGAGAUAUUUUCCAAAGUCUCGUACGGGAGUAUAGUGUAUGAUGGUUACCAUGGAUUACCAUGGAUACAGCCAGUGGCAUUUGAUAUAAAUCUCCCUCGUGUAGUCUGCCAGUUUCCCGCUUUAGCAUGUUGAUAGCAACAUCGUAGGACUUGCUAUGGCAAGCCCGCUUAACUCACUGACUGCCUUUGACGAAUUCCACCGUCUUUUCGAAAUGUGACGCACCAUGCCUUUGACAAAUUCCACCGUCAAUUACGUUUUUUUUUGCAGCUAUGCCUUGGUGGACAUCUCUCCUAUCAUGUGUAAAAAAUUUCAAGCCUCUACGCAUUUAGGAACUGAUCCUGUAGGUGGCAGAAGUGUCAUUGUGGAUAGUCAGGAGAUGAGCUCAGAUCUCAUGAAAGGGGAAAUGUCAAGCAAAAAUCAGCAUCACAAUAAUAAUCUCAUCAUGAGUAGCAUAACAAAAUAAUUUCUUGAAAGUAAAGCACCUGGGACAAUAGUCUACUUUCUUGCCCACUGGUUUCAACACAAGUAGCCUACUGAAUUCAGUGACCGAGC